GAAAUCGGUCAAGUGGUUGACCGGUGGGGGUCAUAUAGGUGGGUGGGGUAUUGCAUCAAAAUUUCAAAAUUGCCGGAGAAAGCUGAAAUUUGGCGCAGAGGUUGAUAAUGGUUUCUAAUGAAGGAAUGCAAAGCAAAAUUCCAAAAAUUUUCAUGUGGAGGGACCCUAGGGGGUGACCCAUACCGAUUAUUAAAACUUAUCCAAUCGAGCUGAAAUUUGGUACAUAGGUUGUUAAUGACUACCAAUAGAAGAAUAUGAAUUGAAAUUGGACACAUUUUCACCUGGACAGACCCUAUGGGGUGACCUAUACCAAUUUUUCAAAUUCGUCAAAUUGAGCUGAAAUUUGGUAGACAAGUUGGUAAUAGCUCCUAAUGAAGUAAAAUAAGCAAAAUUUUCACCUGGAGGACCUUAUUGGGCGACCCAAUAAGGUGACCAGGGAGAAAAAUAUGUGUUGUGCACGAACAAAAGCAUAUGACCCUAGUCACCCGCAUACCUGGAAUUUAUAUAUGUUACAUUGAAUGUUGGUAACAUAAUAUCCUGAAAGUUUUAAGAAAAAAUAUACACUCGUUUCAAAGUUAUACUGGUGACCAAGGGAAAAAAAUGUGUGCACUAACAAAAAUUUAGUGAUAGUGGAUAAAUUUUAGUAUAUGGGUUAGUAAAGGCUCUUAAUUGAAGAAUUCGAAGUUUUAAAAAUUUUAAUUUGAAAACAGAUUUACGCCUGACUCGGGCUAUAUCAAGUCUGCACUGUAGGUUUUAAUGUGUGAAAACCAGUCGGGUCCCCCGUCACUUGUUGGGUCCCCUUGACAAAAAGUUCGACAAUCUAAGUUAGAUUGUCGAACUUAGAUUACCUAACCUUAUAUUAGUAAAAUGUUAGCACCAAUAAAAUUGGAAAUGUUUUUUUUAAAUAUUUUUUGUUCCCUUGACAACGUGUUUGGUAGCUAUCACAAGCAGGCUUGUAACUUGCCGAAAUAAAAUGCACAAGAACAAUAAAAAUUCAAGGUGGUCCUUUUGAGCUAGUGUAACCCGUAAGUUGACGAAUUUUGACCUACUCCAAGUGAUCUCUGAAGGAUGGGCAUAUCAGGAGACGUUGAAAAGGGUAAGCAACUCUUCGUCCAGCGAUGUUCUCAGUGUCAUACCCUGGAGAAGGGUGGAAAACACAAGGUUGGGCCCAAUCUCAACGGAAUCUUUGGGAGGAAAACAGGCCAAGCUGCGGGGUUCGACUACUCUCAAGCCAACAAAUCCAAAGGAAUCACAUGGAGCGAGGAUACCCUAUUUGAGUACCUUGCUGACCCAAAGAAAUAUAUUCCGGGGACAAAGAUGAUCUUUGCUGGAAUCAAGAAGGAGCAAGAACGAGCCGAUCUGAUCUCCUAUCUGAAAUCUGCGACAUAAAUAUUGACUUUUUUUGUACAUAUGUGGACAAAUUUCUUGUAGCAAUACGUUCAUACUCAAAUUACCAUCACAAUGUAUGUAUUAUAAGCCUGUACACUCUAAAUUUCACAGUAAAUUUGUAGCAAACUGA